AGGCGAGGCGCUUGGCAGGCCUCCAGCUCCCUUGGAAACACCAUGGCUAGGUUCUACAGUUGCCUGAAGAUUCCAGAUGAUCUUACUAUGGCUGAGUCACUAAAUGAAGCUUCUGGUAGUCUGGAAGUUCUGGAGGCCAGUGAUAAACGAAAGAAGAAAUCCAAAUUUAAAGCAUUUAAGAAAUUUUUUGGCAAGAAGAAGAAAAAAGAGCCUGAAGAUGCUCAGGGAGGUAAGAGGCUGAAACCAAGGGUGUCAAGCAGCAAUUUUAACAUCUCUUCUCUGAAGCCGGUUCAGGCAGGUCAACAACCUGAGCCUAGGAUCAAGAGAAGGAUGGGGAACAAAUCCUUGUCCCAUGACAGCAUCUUCAUGUUGGAGCCUGAGCCUGAAAGAUCAGCAAGUAAAACAUGCCACUCUGCAGAGCUCCAGAAAGGCAGACCUCUGCAGAAAUCUCAUGUUUUCAGAGCUCUGCCUACAGCUGGUAGUGUGCAUGAAGCUUUUUCUGGAGAUAUGUCUGGAGUUGUGCCCCAAUACAUGUCCAGAAGUAGAAUCUGGGCUGCAGCUUCCAAGAUCACUGAGAUUGCUGCAAGGUUGUCUCCUUAUCAUGUCUCUUGCUUUACCCCUGAUGAACUACNCAUUGGGAGUCAGAUCAGGCCGUUUGUUCAGCAACAAGCCUCAGGUUCAAUGAGUACUUCUGCAGAAUGGGAGCUGAUCCCUACCAGGCACUUCUCCCAGCCCUGGAUGAGCCCUAAAUCUGAGGAACAAGCCUCUUCAGGUCCAGAGAGCACUGCUCUUGACUGGGCCAUUUCUAUGGAGCCGCUGCCUCCCAGAAUGACUCCUAAGCACCUGAGGCGGCAUAAAGUUGAGCAAGCAGUCGCAUCAGGUCCAGAAAUGGAUACUAUUGAGGGGAUCACUUCAAUGGAGCUGCAGCCUCCAAGACAUCAUUUCCAGCCCCUGGUGAAACCAACAGCCGAGCAAGAAAUCUCUGCAGCUCCAGAGUGUGCUGUGGCUGAGAAGAGCAUUUCUGUGGGGCCUCCACCUCCCGGAUAUGCCUUCCAGCCGCGGAUCAGCCCUAAAGUUGAUCAAAAUGUCUCCCCCAUUCUAGAGAGCACAGCUGUUGAGGGGAGCAUUUCUGUGGAGCCUCUGCCUCCAGAAGUUCUUACUCGGCCCUUGAUGAACCCCAAAGUUGAACAAAAUGUGUUCUCAGGUUCAGAGGGUGCUGAGACGUUCGUUUCAGAGGAGCCACUGCUCCCUAAAUAUUCUCCCCGAUCCUUGACAAAUCCUCAAGCCCAGUAUAUCUUCUCAGAGAACGCUGCUGGUGACAAGGACAUGUUUGUGGAGCUGCUGCCUCCAAAAUACCCUUGCCAGCCCUUGGUGAGGCUUAAAUUCCAGCCACAAACCAUUACCCAUGAUUCAGUUAGUGCUUCCACAGAAUGGAGCAGUCCUGUGGAGCCGAUGCCUCCCAGAUAUGCUCUACAGUCCUGGAUGAGCCCUAAAUCUGAACUACAAGCCUCUGCAAGUCCAGAGAGCAUUGUGGCUGAGAGGAGCAUUUUUAGGGAGCCUCUGCCUCCCAGAAUUCCUUCUCAGCCUCUGAUGAGACCAGUUAUGGAGCAAGAAGUCUCCUCAGGUUCAAUGAGUGUCCCUGCAGAAUGGAGAGGUCCUAUGGAACCAGUGCCUCCCAGAAUACCCUCUCAAUCUCUGAUGAAGCCAGUAGUCAAAGAACAAAUCUCUGAAGGUCCAGAGAGUAUUGUCAUUGAGGUGGACACUUCUACAGAACUGCUGCCUCCCAGACAUUGGUCCAUUGUGAGACAUAAAAUCCAGCAAAUGUCCUCAAGUUUAGAAAGUGCUGCUGUUAAGAGGUGCAUUUCGGAGAGGCCACUGCCUCCCAAAUAUCCCAUCCACUUCUUAAUGAGGUCUAAAGUUCAAGAAAUAUCCUCAUGUCUAGAGAACACUGCUGUUGAAGAAAGCACGUCUAAGAAAUCGCUGCUUCCCAGACAUCCUUCCCAGUCAUUCGUGAAGUUUAUGGCACAGCAAGUCUUCUCAGAGAGUCCUGCUAUUGAGGGGCAGAUUUAUGUGACUCCUCCAUCUUCACAUCAACCUUCAAAAUCUCUGUUGAGUCCUAAAGUCGCACACCAAGUUUUCUCAGAUUGGGAGAGUGCUGAUAUUGAGGGAGGCAUUUCUUUGAAGCUGCUGUCUACAGAAUGCCCUUUACAGUCCUUGGGGAGACCUGAAGACCCAGAAGAAGUUUCCUCACAUUCAGAGAGUGCUCCUAUGAAGUGGAGCAGUUCCCAAGAGCAGCUGCCUCCCAGAGACCUUUCCCAGGCAUUGGGGAAGCUUGAGUACCAGCAAGAAGUCUCCUCAGUUUCUGACAGCUCUCCUGAAGAAUGGUGUUUCCAAGCUGAGGAUGGGGCUGAAUUCCAGCCACAGACAUUCUCAACAGGAUCAGUGAAUGUACCUAUAGAGUGGAUCGGUGCUGAGGGUCGUCCCUCAAGUCAGGAACAGAGCAACAAAACUGAGAUUGCUCAUAAGACAACAGAUCAGGCUGUAAACACAGAUGCUGCUGAGAGUCACGGCUACUCAUGGUCAGCAGCAUAUGGAAGACAAUGUGGAAAAAAAGGAUCAAGUGCUUCAAGAAAGAGUGAGUGUGUAUCCAGAGGAAGACGCUCUAAACGAUCCAGUUGCGAGCUUGGCCUAGGCAAUAGAGCUGGGUCCCCACCUGCUAAUUGGACUGACCACGGUAGCCCUUUCUGGCACCUGUCCUUGGAGAAGCAAGUCAUGGAGCAGCCCAGAGCUACACAAGCAGAAACCGCUACUCCUCAGGAAUUGCUUUCAGAUAAAAAUGACAUGGGAGGGAGAAAGGCUGAUUUAGAUUUUGAAGCCAGUAAAGCAUCAGCUUCACAUCCCAUACCUGAAGACAAGAAAGAGGCCAUAGUUAGUGGUCUAUCACCAUAUUAUGGAGAUGGGGCUUCUGGAGCCAAGAAGACAGAAGCCAAAGCUUCUCUCUUACCAGUGGUGGAAAGCCCUUCUACAACCCAACAAGAUGUCAUGUUCUCCUCAGUGGUAGUGGAGGCUCAGGUGUUCAUGGAUCCUUCUCAUACCCAGUCAGAAGAAGAAGAUGCUUCCUACUUUGAUUCGCAAAGUGUCCAAUUUAAAAUGGAUUCAGCUCAAGAUAUCUCAACUAUCUGCAAAGAAAGCCCUCCUGAAAAUGUCCUCCAGGCCUUUACAGCAAGCAUUUCGGAAUUCCAGCCACAGACAUUCUCAACAGGAUCAGUGAAUGUACCUAUAGAGUGGAUCGGUGCUGAGGGUCGCCUGCCUCCCAGACACCCUUUUCAGGCCUUUGCAGACCCUGAGUAUCAGCAACAAGUUUCUUCAAGUUCCAUGAGUGCUGCUGCUGCCGACGGAACAAUUUUUGAGCGCAAUCCUAACAGCUGGUCCCUACUAAGAGGUCCAGGUUCUCCAAACAAAACCAGAAAACACAGCCAAGGCUCUGAAGACCUCAUUAAGAAUAUCCUGACUCCUGCUAGAAAGCUCACCAUCCCUCCUGCCUCGCCAAUAUCCACUUCUGGAGACUCUUACUCCAAGGAGGAAGUUCUUGAAAGUAGCAAUCGAAAUAACAGCUACUCAAAUUUACUCUCCAGUAAGGCUGAUGUUGCAACCCUUUUUGGAGUCCAACUGAGAAGGAUCCCAUCUUCACAGAAGUGCAAGAUUGAGAGACAAGACCAUUCUACCAAGCUUCCUUCACUAUCCUUGCACCCAAUUUCACCUUCCAUAGGUAGAGAACCACAAAUCAGAAGUGCUUCCCAGGGAAUCCUGGGCACCACAGAGAACCUCACCGCACGAUCUGAUUUUGCAGAGAAGCAACAGAGCAGACCCAAAUCUGACAGCAUGGCCAAGAAUCAACCUGCUUAUAAGAUCCCAGGAAAGACUCCUGGUCAACAAUCAGAUUAUACCACCUCAGAGCCAGCUUGGAUAACCAUGGUAAAGCAGAGGCAGAGAAAUUUUCCAGGCCACAUUUAUAUGAAAGAACUGGAAACCAAGAACAGAGCUGGAGCUAAUGCUGAGACUAUGAAGCCUAAAUAUGGGGGAGCUGAAAACCAACUAAGAAAUAUUUUCACUUCCAAUGUCAAUAGACAGGAGAAGAUGGCACAGAUGGAACUGCCUAAGUCUACCAAAGCAGGAUUUGAAGAUCAGAAGAUAUCUCAGGUGCCUGCCAUGAGAAGAGAAACCAGACGAUCUUCAGCUCUCCCAGCCGUGCUCCAAGAGCCGGCUGAGCCAGUCUGGUUCUCCCUGGCCAAGAAGAAAGCCAAAGCAUGGAGCCAUAUAGCAGAAAUCAUGCAAUAAAUAGCUCCUGGGUGGAGCAUCAGCAUUUCAAAUGAUAAUUUCCAAGAGCUGUAUUAAUGCCAUUUAUUGAUUUAUUUACUGUAACCAUUUUUAUUAAGCAAAAGAGCCUUCAAAUGGGAAUUAAAGCUAAUAAAUAUUUGAAUGAAACAAAUGCCAUGAAAGCCUAAUGUUCAGUAGUCACUAUGAGCAUCUGAAAAGCCAGCAUUUCUGCUAUAAAAACUGUAAAUGUUUGCACUGCUGUACAAUUAAGAAAUCUUGAACUUUGUGCUUUAGAAGGGAGAAAGCAAAAACAUUUUGUUGGAGCACCUAAGAUAAGCGUCAUUUUCCUUGAUCAAAUACAUUAAUUCUAGUGGAAAUGUCCAGCUGAUUUGACCCAAGGACUGGCUUUUAGGUUUUAUCAGCCUAGUUAAAUGUUUUAGUUUUUUGGUUGCUGCUCCAAGCUUUGCAAAGGGCCCUAGAAGAGGUGGUGGAAGUGAAAAUUCUGGGUCUCCAAGAAAAAUUUUGCACAGCCAGUCCCCCAAUCGGCCAGUGCCCUUUGAAACACCUUCUUCUCUACACCUGGGGACCCUUAAUGCCUACAAUUUCUACUAAGCUCUCUCUUUUCACAUGCCCCAUCUCAACCUGUCACAGGUCUGGCAGCAGUGAGCACCUUUUUAUGAGGCAGAACUCCUCUGGAUGGUUAGUUCAUCAGUGUUUGACCUCUUGCCCCAAUGCCACUGUGACCCUCUCCAGUUGCUCAGAAGUGUAUCUUCUGAAAGGUAUCAUACAUAUUCUGUUUUAUAAGCAGUUAAGACCCUGUUGAAAUUUAAAAUUCUACAGUUGCCAAAAGCUACAGUUUCAGUCAAGAAACCUUCCAUGAAGGAAGUCUGGGGCCACUGGAGAGCUCUUACCCCCUGGCUCCAGCCUUAAGGUGGAGACCUCCCUUUAGCCCAGUUUCUUGUCCCUUUCUCUCAGCAAGCUGUUUUACAAGAUUUUAACCCAAAGCAAAACUGCCAUGGAACAAUUAACUUUCUGCUAGCCAGAAGCCUUAAGUAAUUAAAUCAGCCUCUCCUUGCUCUCACUACUAGAGGCAUACACUUCAAAAGUCACUAAGUUCGAUGGUCUCCACCUCACAAGUAAACGACUCACCCCAGGUCCUUCCCCUCUAUUCCAUCCCCCAAACACUAAGGGACUAAGUUCCCUUUGGAUGCCUGGACAGUAUCUAGCUCAUUUUUUUUAGGAGACCCGGAAGUGACUUCUCAGUAUAAUUUUCACUGUGUCUGCCUCUGUCACCUCAGGGCUACUUUGCUUAAACAGAAAUGCAGGCCUAGAUAUAACUGUGCCUUUAAGGUCUGAGUAGGGUGUUGCCUCAUGCAAAAAAACAAAACAAAACAAAAACAAAAAAAUAAAAAACAAUUCAGAGAGGCAGUGAGGUGCCAGAGCUAAUUUAAACACUUGAUGCUUGGUUUUGCUGAUGGUAUAUGACACUGUACAAUCAUAUGCUGGAUUUUGCAUUUUCUCUAUAAAACAUCUAUUUUUCCUGAUACUGUAUCUUUGCCUUUUUAAUAAUGCUAGGUUUUUGAUUGAUUGUGUUUGAUUUCCUUUGUAUUCCCAUAGUGAAUAGUUCAUUAAGGUAGAUGUCCUUUAGCCAGGUAAUCAUAUAGAUUGUUUUCCCCUUUCCCCCUUUCCUCAGGGUGGACCACUAUUAGGUUAUUCCUACUCUAAGAACUCUCCAUUAACAAUUAAUUUCUCACAGUUAAUAAUGAAACACUGUUUUAAGUAGAGGUUAAGUUUCUUUUUAAUGCCUAGAGGUACAU